GCCCAAGACGGAUCCGAGCGCGCGCAAGGAGCAGCUCUUGCCCUUCCCCGCGCAGCUGGGAGUGCUGCCGCCCCCCGGCCCGAGAGAGCGCUGCGGGUAAGGCGGCCAGGUAAAAGGCGACUCUCGGGCGCGAAUCCGAGAGGGGGAGGGAACGGCGAAGGCGAGAAGAGCCGCCCUCCAGCCUGCCCCGAACUUCUGCGCUCGUCAGCAGCGAGGCGCGCGCAGCCCAGGCUUGCUUCGCAGCGAGCGACUGCUGGAGACCGACCGACCGACCGACCGACCGCUCCGAGCGAGUCUGCCUUGGGAUUGCAGCGGCCCCAGCGGCGGAGGAGGAGCGGACCCGCGGACCCUGUGCGCGCGGCGGCGGCGGGGGGCGUGUGCGCCCGCGCGUUUGCAGCGGCGCUCCCGGAGCAGGGAUUACCGCGGCUGGCGGCUCCGCGAAGUUUGUGAGCGCCGAGGCGGCUGCCGGCUCCCCCUCACCCCGCGGGAGAAUGCAUUAUGAGGAGCCCUCCUCGCCGGCCUUGCAGAGACCCCGCUAUGGCUCUAUUGUGGAUGAUGAACGACUUUCAGCAGAAGAGAUGGAUGAAAGGCGACGUCAGAAUAUUGCUUAUGAGUAUUUAUGCCACCUAGAAGAAGCAAAAAGGUGGAUGGAGGUCUGUCUAGCUGAAGAGUUACCACCUACUACUGAACUGGAAGAAGGAUUAAGGAAUGGCGUUUACCUUGCCAAAUUAGCAAAGUUUUUUGCACCAAAGUUGGUCUCUGAUAAGAAGAUCUAUGAUGUGGAACAGACACGAUACAAGCGAUCAGGCCUUCAUUUCCGACACACAGACAAUACAGUGCAGUGGUUACGUGCAAUGGAGUCCAUUGGCUUACCUAAAAUUUUCUACCCAGAGACCACAGAUGUCUAUGAUAGGAAAAACAUACCUCGAAUGAUAUAUUGUAUUCAUGCACUAAGUUUAUAUUUGUUUAAGCUAGGGAUAGCUCCACAGAUCCAGGAUUUGCUUGGGAAAGUAGACUUUACAGAGGAAGAAAUCAGUAACAUGCGGAAGGAACUGGAGAAGUAUGGUAUACAGAUGCCAUCAUUCAGUAAAAUUGGAGGAAUCCUGGCCAGUGAACUUUCGGUGGAUGAAGCAGCAUUGCAUGCUGCUGUAAUUGCAAUUAAUGAAGCUAUUGAAAGAGGAAUUGCAGAUCAAACUGUCAAAACACUGAAAAAUCCCAAUGCCGUGUUAGUUAAUGUCAAUGAUGAUCUUGCCCUUGGCUAUCAGAAAGAACUUUCAGAAGCUAAAAAGAGAAAAGAAGAGAAUGCAAGACUUAAGAAUGGCUCUAUUUUGGAGGAGGAAAGAGAUGUGUAUGAAGAGUUGCUGACACAAGCUGAGAUCCAGGGAAACAUCAAUAAGGUCAACAAACUUACUGCAGUUGACAACAUCAAUGCUGCAAUUCGCAGUUGUGAUCCAAAUAAGACUGUUGCUGCUCUAAUGAAACCUGAGGCCCAGCUGCCUGAUGUUUACCCAUCUGCUGCUUCUGUCUAUCAGACUGAACUCUUCAAUCUUCAGCAGCAGAAUGCUGUGCACUACUUGGCUCAUGAUGAACUGUCUAUUGCUGUUGAAAUGCUAUCAGCAGUGGUGCUGCUAAACCAGGCUUUGGAAAACAAGAACAUAGCAGAAACAAAAACACAUCUUAGCAACCCAUCCAUUGGCUUUAAUAACUUGGAAAAUGAGAACUUGCAACGUUAUGCUGACACCCUAAUGUCUAUUAAGUUGGAAGCUUCAUCUCAAGGACAAGAAUAUUUAAGCUGGAAUGAUAUCCAGAAUUGUAUUGACAUGGUUAAUACACAAAUUCAAGAGGAAAAUGAUAGGAUUAUAGCAAUUGGUUGUAUUAAUGAAGCUAUUGAUCGGGGAGAUCCUACAAAAACAGUAGAAGCACUGUUACUUCCUACGGCAAAACUGCAUGGUGUGAAAGAAGCCAAUGCCUACCAUUACCAAGAGGUUCUGAAGAAUGCAAAAACACUUAAAUGCCAGGAAUCUCAUGAUGAUUCAUCAGUUCUUUGGCUAGAUGAGAUACAAAAAGGAAUUGAGGAUGCUAACAAAAAUUUGGAAGAUGCAUCAAAAUUGGCUAUUGGGGUAACAACAGUAAACCAGUGUUUAGAGCAAGGAGACUCUGCACAAGUCAUCUCCAUCUUGCAGGCUCCUAUCUUCAAUUUAAGAGUUAUCCCAGAGUGUGCUGAAAGCUACUACAAAAGCCUGUUGGAAGCCAAGAGUCUAAAACCCAAAGAUCCUGAUGAAGGUCCAUGGAUCAAAAUUUUAAUGGAAGGCAGCUACAGUUAUUACUUUAAUGUGGAAACUGGAGAAGAUACUUGUGUCCCACCUGAAGGAGUUACACCAAAAACAUCUUGGCUGACUGGUGAAGAGAUUCAGAAUAUUGUUGAUCAAAUUACAUCAGAUUACAACCGAGAACAGCUGUGGUUUGCAAAUGAGGAUCUGAUCAUUCAGCUGCAGGCUAAAGCAAGGGGAUUCCUAGUCAGGAAAAAAUAUAAGGAAAGAAAAGUGUAUCUCCAUUCCCAGGAUAAAUCCAUUAUAAAAUUGCAGGCAUCCUGGAAGGGAUAUAAGCAAAGGAAAAUCUACUCUGAAAGACUUAACAUGUUGCAAAGAAAUGUUGCUUCUGUUAUCAAAAUUCAAUCAUGGGUCAGAAUGUGGCUAGCAAAAAGAGCAUACAAGCAGCGGAUGCAAUAUUUCAAAGAUCAUGAAAAAGAAAUUGUGAAAAUUCAAGCAUUCCUUAAGGCAAACAAAGCUAGGGAAGACUACAGAAUAUUGACUGGUUCGGAAAAUCCUCCUUUGAAUGUCAUACGCAAAUUUGCUUACCUCAUGGAUCAGAGUGAUUUAGACUUCCAAGAAGAGCUAGAAGUAACAAGAUUAAGGGAAGAGGUAGUCACAAAUAUCCGAUCCAGUCAACAGCUAGAGAAAGAUCUGAACCUGAUGGAUAUAAAGAUAGGAUUGCUGGUUAAAAAUAGAAUAACUUUGCAGGAUGUUGUGUCACAUAGCAAGAAGCUGAACAAAAAAAGCAAAAAUCAAGUGGAAGAAAUGGUCACUGGGGACAAGCAGGGCAUCAAGGGCCUGAGCAAAGAAAGAAGAAAAAAGUUGGAGGCCUAUCAACACUUGUUUUACCUUCUCCAGACUAAUCCAACAUACUUGGCAAAGCUGAUCUUCCAGAUGCCCCAGAAUAAAUCCACUAAAUUCAUGGACACAGUCAUCUUCACAUUGUACAACUAUGCUUCUAAUCAGCGAGAAGAAUACUUACUUUUGAAACUGUUUAAAACUGCUCUAGAAGAAGAAAUAAAUUCCAAAGUAGACCAGAUUCAAGAUAUUGUCACGGGAAAUCCCACUGUUAUCAAGAUGGUAGUCAGUUUCAAUCGAGGUGCUCGAGGACAGAAUACUCUGCGUCAGCUGUUGGCCCCAGUGGUGAAAGAAAUUAUGGAUGACAAAUCCCUCGCCAUCAACACAAGUCCUGUAGAAGUAUAUAAAGCAUGGGUAAACCAAUUAGAAAUGCAGACUGGAGAGGCCAGCAAAUUACCUUAUGAUGUAACAACAGAACAAGCACUGGCACAUUCUGAAGUAGUGAAUCGAUUGGAGUCCUCAAUUCAGAGCCUCAGAGCAGUAACGGAUAAAGUCCUAGCUUCCAUAUUCUCAUCUCUUAAUUUAAUGCCUUAUGGAAUGAGAUAUAUAGCCAAAGUUCUGAAGAAUUCGCUCCAUGAGAAAUUUCCAGAUGCAACAGAGGAUGAGCUAUUAAAGAUUGUUGGAAAUCUCCUCUACUAUCGUUUUAUGAAUCCAGCCAUUGUGGCCCCUGAUGGUUUUGAUAUAAUUGACAUGACAGCUGGAGGCCAAGUCCAUUCUGAUCAGAGGAGAAAUUUAGGUUGUGUGGCCAAAGUCCUCCAACAUGCUGCCUCAAAUAAACUCUUCGAAGGAGAAAAUGCACAUCUCUCAUCAAUGAACAAUUAUCUCUCUCAGACAUAUGAGAAAUUCAGGAAUUUUUUUCAGGCAGCAUGUUGUGUUCCUGAACCUGAAGAAAAAUUCAAUAUUGAUGAAUACUCGGAUAUGGUGACUCUUAGCAAGCCAGUGAUAUAUAUUUCUAUUGAAGAAAUUAUCAACACUCAUUCACUCUUGCUAGAACAUCAAGAUGCCAUUGCUCCUGACCGAAAUGAUGUCUUAAAUGAACUCCUGCAGAGCCUGGGGGAUGUUCCUGAUGUGGAGACCUUCCUUGGGGAAGGAGCGAUUGAUCCCAAUGACCCUAACAAGGAUAACACCAUAAGUCAACUGGUUAAGACAGAGAUUUCUCUUUCACUGACCAGGAAAUAUGAUUUACAUGAAGAUGAAGAACAAGAUAUCAAAGGCUUGAUGAUGAAGACAAAAAGGCUAAUUGUUGAUGUGAUACGAGCCCAGCCAGGAGAGUCACUUGCAAAAAUUUUGGAAAUACCAGCAUCUGAACUUCAGGAAGCUGAACACUUAAAAGUGAUAGAAAAACGUGCCAUCUUGGAUUCCAAAACUCCAGAAAAAAUGAAACACAGUCGAUCUAUUCUUGAAGAAGGACAACUACCAUUAGAGCAGAAGAAAAGGAAAAUCCAGAGAAACCUCCGGACACUGGAACAGGCUGGACUGGUUUCAUCAGAAAAUAAGUACCAAGAGAUCAUCAAUGAAAUAGCAAAGGAUAUCAGAAAUCAAAGAAGGUACAGGCAACAUCGAAAAGCAGAAUUGGUGAAACUGCAGCAGACGCUGAAUGCCCUCAAUUCCAAGAAAGCAUUCUAUGAAGAUCAGAUAAACUAUUACAACACUUAUAUUAAAACCUGUUUAGAUAAUUUGACAAGAAAAAAUUCACGGAGAUCAAUCAAAUUAAAUGGAAAACAAGAAGAGAAAGUAAACAAGCUUAAGAAUAUUUCACUGAAGUACACAGCAGCAAGGCUACAUGAAAAGGGGGUUAUACUAGGAAUUGACGAGCUUCAGCCUAGCCAGUUUAAGAAUGUGAUGUUUGAAAUUACACCUGGUGAAGAGGUGGGUGACUUUGAUAUCAAAGCUAAAUUUUUGGGUGUUGAGAUGGAAAAGGUACAGCUCCAUUUUCAGGAUUUGCUUCAAAUGCAGUAUGAAGGUGUCUCUGUAAUGAAAAUGUUUGAUAAAGCUAAAGUGAAUGUAAACCUCCUCAUAUUCCUGCUGAACAAAAAAUUCUAUGGAAAAUGAAGAGCAAGGAUAUUGUGGAUUCUCCUCCAAAUCAAGUCCAAGUUCUGGGUCUUUAUAUUUUAAUUAUUUGAAACUAUUAUACAGCAGAUCUAUCUUCAGAAGAAUGUACUCACGUGCCUUUUUCAUUCCUUUCGUAAUACAGUAGGAAAUUAAGAAAAUCCAAAUCAGCUUAAACACUUUCAGAUUUCUGUGGUGUUGGUACUCAAUUAAAAAGAUAUAACUUAGUGGCAUCCAACCAUCAUGUGUCUGAUCUUUUAAAUAUGCAGGGCCCUUAUCUGAACAACAUAUAUAGGAGUCCCUUCCCAAUAAAAGUGAUAUAUCCCAGUUACCAAAUAUAGUUUUCCUUAUAUGAUUAUUCAUAGGAAAAAUAAAUCCUAAUCUGUGUCUCUAAAGAAUAAUUGUAGCAAAUAUUUCUCAAAUGCUAUAACUUCUUUCAGAGACCAGCAAUUGUAAAAUUAAUUAUUGUGCAAUUUAAAGUUUUUAUGGGUAAUUAUAAAUUUAACAUUUACUGUAUAAAAAUAUAUAUUUUGCAAUUCAUUCCUACUAAAAAUGCACUACUGCCUCAUUGGAACCUUCUAUACACAGCCUUUUAAUUUAAGUGUAAAGGGGCAAUUUGAACAGUGAUUGGUUUUUUUGCAAUGUACUUGAGGUAUUUUAAUAAAUAAAUUGUGCCUGUCUUUUUUUGUAAGAAAAGAUAAAAAUUCACAAAUAAAACGCAAUAAAUCAGCA